CAUGGUUAAAAACAUGUAUGUGAAUCUAGAAAGGACUGGUUGAUGUUUCUUCUACAUGCUUUGUAAUUUUGUCCCACGUGAUUGAACGCAACACCUUUCGUUUUGUGGAAUGACGUGUCAAGAAAGUGCCGGAAGCUUUCAGUUUGUCCAAAAUGGCUUACCAGACACUUCAACAGGAGUACUUACAGAUCCCUGUUGUAACCAGGGCAUAUACAACCGCGUGUGUUCUCACGACUGCUGCAGUGCAACUAGAGAUCAUCACACCGUUUCAGCUAUACUUUAAUCCAGAUUUGAUUCUAAGGAACUACCAAGUAUGGCGGCUAAUAACCAACUUCCUGUUUUUUGGUCCGGUUGGCUUCAAUUUCCUGUUCAAUAUGAUUUUUCUGUACAGAUACUGUCGUAUGUUAGAGGAGGGCUCUUUCAGGGGACGCACAGCUGACUUUGUCUUCAUGUUCCUCUUCGGUGGGCUUCUGAUGACUAUAUUUGGCACUUUUGUGAGUCUGGUGUUCCUGGGGCAAGCUUUCACUAUCAUGCUUGUGUAUGUGUGGAGUCGACGAAACCCAAACGUUCGUAUGAAUUUCUUUGGCCUGCUGAAUUUUCAGGCACCCUUCCUGCCAUGGGUGCUGAUGGGAUUCUCGCUUCUGCUGGGAAACUCCAUCAUCGUUGACCUUUUAGGUAUUGCGGUUGGCCAUGUGUACUUCUUUCUGGAGGAUGUUUUCCCCAACCAGCCAGGUGGUGGAAGGUGGCUCAAGACUCCAUCUAUCAUAAAGAUGCUGUUUGACACUCCAGAGGAAGAUGCCAACUACAACCCCCUACCUGAGGAGCGCCCAGGAGGGUUUGCCUGGGGCGAGGGCCAGCGCCUUGGAGGUUAACUGUGCCCCCAUAGCAUCCCUUAUUGUCUGGUCACUUUCGAGGACAUUCCCUCAGAGAAAUGAAGGGAACGAACAUGGUCUUUGUUUUUGACAUGUUUAGAUUUGGCUGAAGAAUGACAAACAACCAGAACUGCUUUGGAGAUAACUGGUUGUUGUCUUUGUGUAUGGGCUUAAAUCAUCCUCAGAAACUCUUCUUGAUGCCAGAUUCUUCCUCUAAGACUAUUUGACUGAGCAAAAGCUUCAGAAGGAACUUUAGACAGUGAACCUUUGGGCUCAGGUGAUGUUUGUCUUCAUCUCAGAAAGAAAUAUUACUGUACAACAACUGUCAUAUGAAAGAUCCAAAAAACGACAACGGUAAAAUAUUAUCAAAAUCAGUUUGUUCAGAUGGUGAGUGCAUUUUUUUAUUCACUUUUUUAAAGAAUAAAUAUGUGUGGCAAAUGA